UCGUCUCGUCUCGCACAUUCGCCAUGCGGUUCGACGACUACGAGCACGACGACAGCGACCUGGAGGAGGCGGGCGCGGGGAAGCCAAGGGCUCGCCCGGGGGCGGCGUGGGCGUGCAGGGGUGGCGGGGGCGGCGGACGCGGGAUGCGAGGCCGGUCGGCGGGGUGCUCGGCGUGCUCGGCGCCGUGGGUGCGGGUGGCGCGCCUGACCGCCGUCUGCCUGCUGGCGCCCGCCGUGCUGCUGGGCUGGCCGCUCUACAUGCGCUACGCCGUGCUCCGUGACCUGGCGCUGCCGCUCGCGCCCUCCGACAUGCGCGUCCUGGACGCGCACAUCUCCACCACUUGGUGCCAGGCGCAGGCGGUGCGCGCCAACGGCAGCUUCAGCGCCUGGAUGAUGGGCGGCAAGCCCGGCCGGGGCAGGCGGCGCCGGUCCUCCCUCGUGCGCGACAUCCGGCUCGGCGACGACGUCAAGGAGUACUGGGGCUUCUACCUGCUCAAGGGGUCGUCCGUGACCGUGUCGCCCUGCGCCAGGUGGCCAGGGGUGUCGCUGGUGGUGAUCCGCGGCUACGACCACCUGCAGCAGUGCGCCUACAUCGGCGACGACUCGUCGGAGGAGGCGGAGGAAGUGCGUCGCGCGGCUCUCCGCCAGCAGCUCGAGGAGGGCCACCGCGCGCCGCGGACCCCGGCUCCGCCCCCGGACGAGCCGAGGCUCAAGCCGCGCUCCAACCUGCCCACCCGCAUGCACGUCGUCAAGGAGGAGGCCGUCGAGUUCCACGAGAAGGUGCGGCCGGCUCCACGGCUCUUCAACCGCCUGGACGGGCUGGAGGAGGCGCGGGCGUCCCCGGAGGACGCGGAGGGCUCGGCGGAGCUGGCGCGUGGCGUCCUGGAGCGGCUGCGGGCCCUGGGCCGCACGGGGCAGCGCGCCCUCGAACGGCUGCGGGCCGCCAGGCUCGGCAGGGACGUCGGCGAGGACGAGAACAUCGCCGCGGAGGACCCCGGCCCCGCGCCGCCCUCGCCGCCCGCACCUCCUGCACCGCCCGCGCCCGGCGAGGACGUCCACGGCUGGGUCAACGAGACCACCAGCCUGGACGAGUCGCACUCGGAGCUGUGGUCGUCCUUCAGCUCCUCCGAGGAGGCGCUGCUCGGGUGCGCUGGGCUGGUGCUCAACCUGCCGCUCACCCCGCACCGCCAGUGCCAGCGGCGCCGGCCCGUCGAGGACCUGGCCACCGCGGCCGCGCCCAACGUCAUCACCUACACCGUGCCCAUGGACGGCCACUACUUCUUCAUCCUGGGCAGCGAGAACGAGGUGCAGACCAACUACGUGCGCGUGCGCUUCGAGCUCGACAGGGUGGUGUACGACGUGCACGGCCCGGUGGCCGAGUGCACGCCCGGCGCCCCCGGCCAGAACGCCACCUCGUGCACCCUGCCACUUCGUUUCCUGUCCGACGACACCAUGGUCCUCGAGGUGCCCGUCGAGACGGACGAGGAGGCCCGGGACAACCCCCGCGUCCACCACGACCACGUCCUGGCCGUGUCCACGUGCGAGCCCCGCACGGCCCUGUACGUCGCGUGCAUCCUGGCGCUGCCGGCCCUCAUCCUGACUUGUGCUUUCUGAACCGCGCGGCCUCGACAAGAGGCCUACCGUCCGACCGUCCACCCCUGGCGCGCCACGCGGCUCGAGGGCGCCCACCCCCAAGAAGACAGCGUCUUCGACCUCCACGAAGUUGGGCUGACGGCAGUUUGCAUGGGAAGGGGAAAUAAUUCAACAUGUCAUGAGCUACAAGAAGCAUGUCAAUUUUUAUUAGCAAAUAAAUAUCCUAAAUGCCUAUAA